UUGGAACAUCUACAAGACACUAAUCCAAGGUGUAGACGUGAUGCAUCAAUGUUAUGGUCUAUGCAUGCUAAGAACUAUGCAUCAUGGUUAAAAGAAAAGGCAAGCUAUUUCUCUGUAAUUUGUAUAUAUUUAAACUGAUUCAUAUAAAUAUAAGUGACUGACUCUAAUAUAUGCAUCUUGCUGCUAGAUACCCAUUUCUUCAUCUGGACAUGAAGAUACAAUUAAAUGGCUGGCAUAUGGUCCACGGUGUAGUGCAAGGUCAUAUACUGGUUAUAUAGUGAAUGGACAACGUUUUCACACAAGCUCACUUGAAAGGCAAAGUCAGAAUAGUGGAGUCUAUUAUGAGGCUACAGCUAUGUGUAGAUCUAGUGCUAAAGAUACAUCACAGGUGGUUGAUUUGGUAUCUUACUACGGCAGAAUCAUUGACAUCAUCUUGCUAGACUAUAAUGUCUUCUAUGUUCCUCUGUUCCGGUGUCAAUGGGCAGUGAGAGGUAAUGGAGUUAAGGUGGAAGAUGGGUUCACACUUGUUAACUUGAAUCAGAGUCAAGUCAGUUUUUUGCGGGAUCCUUACAUACUAGCAUCUCAGGCAAAACAAGUCUUUUAUUCAAGGGAAGAUGAUUCCUCCAGUUGGUAUGUUGUUAUGAGAGGUUCCACAAGAAGAUAUAGCAAAGAAGAUGUUCAGGAUGGAAAUGUAGAUAUUGGUCCAUUGCCAGCAGCUGUUGACAUGGAUAUUGACUUAGAUGAUGCAGAAACUGCUAGAACUGAUUGUGAAGGAAUAUAUGUGCCAAAUGUAGUUUUUUUUUAUAUCUUGGUUCUGGUUUCGAUGUGUGUUUAUGUGAUGUGUGUUAUCUCAUACUAUGUGCUGUCUUUUGUCUAAGUUAAGAUUGACAUGUUUUACUUAUUUGUUUUUGUCAUGUAGGAGACUUAAUUAAAUGGGCAGACCAAAGAAGAAGGGAGGGAAACAAUCAAGAAAGAAGAAGGAUACAGCAAAGGAGGAUGAGCCAGAGUAUAAUGGUACUGUUGAGCCUGAGAUUCAUGAAGAAGACCAACAUACCAGUAAGCAAGUGGAGCAGACUGUAGAGGAACCACAAACCAGUAAGCAUUUGGAGCAGCCUGUUGAAGUAUCUCAGACUGAAGGGAGGGUACCAGCCGAAAUCACUGAUAAAGAUGGAGAACAUGAUGAGCCUGUAGGUGAGAUUGAGUUAUCUGAAGACCAGCAACCUAAGCGUAAGAAACAUAGGGGACCAACCAAGAUGAAAAACAUUGCCAAGGAUCCAACUGUUAGAGAAAAAGUUGACUACAAUCUCAUGGGAGAUCCUUAUGGUCCAGGGUCAGUGAAGCUGUCAUCAUACGUUGGAACACUGGUUAGAGAACAUGUUCCUGUUACAAUUGAAAACUGGAAGCAUGUUGGUCAAGAUAUCAAAACAGUUUUGUGGAAAUCUGUUCAGGCAAGGUUUGAACUUGAUGAGGAGUUUCAAAGGGUUGCUGUGCUAAGUCAGAUGGGAAAUUUGUGGAGAUCAUACAAGUCACGCAUUGUCAAGGAUAUAAAUGAGGCUGCUAAUAACCAACAGAGGAUGAAUAUGAGACCAAUGAAUGUUUCUCCAACAGAUUGGAGAAAAUUUGUCAAAGUCAAAACAAGCACAGCCUUUAAGGUAUUGUGUUUAUCCUCAUUUAAGUUUGGUAUUUCAAUGGUGAUAGCAUAAUAAUUUUGAUUGUUAGGCUGUGAGUGAUGAAUAUAAAGAGAGGAGGAGAAAACAGAUACCUCAUACUACUAGCCGCAAAGGAAUGGUCCGACUUGCUGAGGACAUGGUAAUGAUCUUAUCAUCUUUGAUGUUUCUCUUGUUUAGUCUUAUAUAGAUUCAUUAUUGUGUUGCUUUUAAACAGAAAAUUGAAAGUGGAGAUCCAUCUGAGGUGACUAGGCUGAAGGUGUGGGUCAAGUCGCGUACCAAAAAGGAUGGCACGCCAGUGAAUACCAAUGCAGCUGAAAAAAUUGUAUGUCCCAAAUUGUUUUAACAUGAUUUUGUUUUCCUUUAGUAACAAGUGUCAUUGAUUUGCAGAUGAAAGAAGCUACGCUUGUUGGAAGUGAUGCUCCAACAACCAAAACAAAUCCAGAAGAAGAUCACCUCUGUCAACUUUUAGGACCUGACAAACCUGGUAGGCUGCGGGCGAUGGGUAGAGGCAUGAGUAAGACCAAAUUAGCUUGUUUCCAGGUGAAGACCAAGUGUAUGACUGAUAUGGAAGAGAAGCAGGUUCAGUUACUUAAGAAGGUGAAUGAGUUGCAAGAGGAACUUAGCAAAAUGAAGAAUCAGGUUAGCUACUUACACAAUUAUUGAUCCAAGCAGCUAAGAUUAUAUAUAUAUAUAUAUAUAUAUGAGAACUGACAUUAUUCUUUUAUGUUAUAGAGACAAGAAGCAGAAAUAGGUGAAAACUCAGCUGCCAGAGUAAGUAUUUUAUUUCAGAUCCAUGAAUCUUUCUUGCUAGUGUAAUUUCUGACUUAAUUUUUUUGGUUCACCAUUUUGUAGAGUGUAAACAAAAGGUCACACCCUAAGUGUGUAUUGGUUGAUUGGUCUGGUAGUGAUGAAAACAUUGGUGAAGGGCGUAUUCUAUCUUCUGAUCCUGAUGACUUAGUGAAUGACUGUCGUCUAGGCCCUACAGAUCUUAAAGUGUUGGUUGAAACUGCUACUAAAGCAGAUGCAUUCCUCUGGAGACCAGCAACUAAGAUGUUUACUAUUCAGGAAGCUGUUGGACAGAUUAUUGCAUGGCCAGCCUCUAAGUGUGUUCUUUUGGACAAAGAGCUCCAAAUAGAAGACAUUGCGCCUUUGGUAAACUUUAUAUUGAUGCACUAUAUUACUGAGGCUGUUUAUGAGUUGGUAUUUGAUGAGUAGUUUUGUAAAUUUUGACAGGGCCUAAGAGCAAACUCUCUGAAUAAAUGUAAACUGCUGGAUUUGUCUAAUGAUGAUGUCAUUGUUGCUGAGGGUCGUUGGCAGACACAAGAAGAAACUGCAUUGGUUAAUGGACUACCUCUUGGACCAAAGGCAGUAAAAGUAUUUGUGGAUUCAGUGCUUCAACCAGAAACAUUCAUAUGGAGGCCUACAAUUGAGAUGACAUACCUUGAGGACUGUUUGAUGGCUUUUGUUUCAUGGCCUGUCAAUAAAGUUAGCUUUGAGAAUCAAUCUCCUAGACAGCAUUCUGCAUCAACUGAUAUACCUUCAGGAUCUAAAUCUGCAGUUGGGACAAAAUCUGCGGAGACAAGUGAUAAACCAGCUUCAAAUGCCUCUAAAUCUUCAGGAUCAGGGUCUGAAUCUCCUAUUGAGACUGCAAUACGCCCAAGCUCUCCAGUAAAGAAAACUAUACCAGAUACACAGUCUCCUAUCCGGAAAUCACAGGUAAAUCUAUUUUAUUUUGGUCUGAUUACCUCUGUAAAAUCAUCUGACUUUUGUUUUAUGUUGUAAACAUGGCAGCGUAUCAUGCAAAAUGGUUCAAAGGACAAUAAGAGAUGCAUGUUGAUGGACAUUACCGGAAAGAAUCGAGUAGUUGCUGAAGGACGAUGGGCAACAAAUGAUCCAAACCAGAAGGUUCACUUUGUUCCUUUGGGUUCUAAUGCUAUUAAAGUGUGGGUAGAUAUUGUCAAAGUUAGCGAUGCAGAAGUUUGGAGGAAAUCAGAUGAAAUAGAGAUUAUGGAAGAUGCCCUUGGGACAGUUAUUGCAUGGCCUGAGGACAAAGUGAUCAUGGCCUGAGGUUUGGUUUGUGAAACUUCUUUGGAAAACUUGUUUUCAGACUUUUAGUUGGUUGGUUUUGGAUCUUAAGGAGAUCAUUGAUAGGAUCUUUGGAAAACUUGUUAGCUUGUUAUGUGAAACAUGUUUUGUGAAUUAUAUUUUGGAUUUGAAGUUAUUAAUGAUGUU